AAUUUACCAGCUAGCAGUUCAGCGGUGUGCGGGUGGAAAGCAGAAGCAGGUAGGAAAAACAAAAUACAAGGACAUUUCAGAUGAAAUAGGUAAAUACUCGGUAAACAAUUUAACCGUUCAAACGUAGUCUGUGAUAUAACAAUGAUUAACUACGUUAGACAAAUAAUAGACUGCUUCAUAAAGCACGGAACUGCUGAACAGCUUACACAGUUAGCAUGAUGAAGUCCCCUUAUCGCGCUGCUUCUUCGCAUGGAACAAUAUGCUUUGAGAACGUGAAGUUAUGGUAAAGACAUGUACCGUCUUUGGUAACCGUGUCACCUCACCUGCUCCACUUGAACGCAAACGUAACAUUGUAUCGAGUAUCGUUCAGUCUGCUUCAUACGAUAGCUACAUAACAUCCAGCUCCCAUUGCUGGUGAAGCGUUCAUGAUGCAUCCUCCUGAACAGCCCUGGGUGUCCCCAGCCCCAUGUCAGCAGGCAGCCUCUGCACCCCAGGGCACCCUCUGCACCGGACCACUGGGUGUCCCCAGCCCCAUGUCAGCAGGCAGCCUCUGCCCCCCAGGGCACCCUCUGCACCGGACCACUGGGUGUCCCCAGCCCCAUGUCAGCAGGCAGCCUCUGCCCCCCAGGGCACCCUCUGCACCGGACCACUGGUUGUCCCCAGCCCCAUGUCAGCAGGCUGCCUCGGCCCCCAGGGCACCCUCUGCACCGGACCACUGGGUGACCCCAGCCCCAUGGCAGCCUCGGCCCCCCAGGGCACCCUCUGCACCGGACCACUGGGUGUCCCCAGCCCCAUGUCAGCAGGCAGCCUCUGCCCCCCAGGGCACCCUCUGCACCGGACCACUGGGUGUCCCCAGCCCCAUGUCAGCAGGCAGCCUCUGCCCCCCAGGGCACCCUCUGCACCGGACCACUGGGUGUCCCCAGCCCCAUGUCAGCAGGCAGCCUCGGCCCCCCAGGGCACCCUCUGCACCGGACCACUGGGUGUCCCCAGCCCCACGUCAGCAGGCUGCCUCGACCCCCCCAGGGCACCCUCUGCACCGGACCACUGGGUGUCCCCAGCCCCAUGUCAGCAGGCUGCCUCGGCCCCCCAGGGCACCCUCUGCACCGGACCACUGCAGGGUCUCCAGCUAGCCAUGCCCUCUCUGGGCCGCCUCCUCCCCAGGGUCCAUGCAGCUGACAGUGUGACGCCUGCCCCGGUACAGAUCCCCUCCCCUCUGCCCAGCCUCGUGGGCCAGCCAGAGUUCCCGGACACUGGAUGGGACUGCAUCAAGGAUCUCUUCGGCAGGGAGUAAUUUAUGACCGUGACGCCUCUCUCCUAUUGUUUGUGUCUCCCCCAGCGUUCUGCCCAUAACGCAGCCAUCCGGGGCUUUGUGCGGUACGGCUGGAGGUGGAGCUGGAGAGUAGCAGCCUUCAUCACAUUAUUCACGUAAACAAUGAC